GGGUAGUAUUCACUCACUUAGAUUAGUCGUGUCCGGUGCUGUCUCUGAGCUGCAGAUCUAAGAAGGGGGUGCGGGAGCUGGGGAGCCUCUCUGCAUUUUUCUGCCAUGGCUGGCAUUUUGUUUGAAGACAUCUUUGAUGUAAAGGAUAUUGAUCCUGAAGGAAGAAAAUUUGAUCGAGUCUCAAGGCUUCAUUGUGAAAGUGAGUCUUUCAAAAUGGAUUUGAUCCUUGAUGUCAAUAUACAAGUUUAUCCUGUCGACUUGGGUGAUAAAUUCCGCUUGGUUGUUGCCAGUACACUGUAUGAGGAUGGUACGUUGGAUGAUGGAGAGUACAAUCCUACUGAUGACCGUCCCUCAAGAGCUGACCAAUUUGAAUACAUUAUGUAUGGCAAAGUCUAUCGGAUAGAAGGUGAUGAAACUUCCACAGAAGCUGCUACCCGCCUGUCUGCAUAUGUUUCAUAUGGAGGACUUUUGAUGAGGCUUCAGGGAGAUGCAAACAAUCUGCAUGGGUUUGAAGUGGAUUCCCGUGUUUACCUCUUGAUGAAGAAGCUGGCUUUCUAAUGCUGAAGGGAAUAAUUUUCUGGUGCAGUAUUGGAAUGUAACAUAGACCUUUUCAAUAUGUUGUAUUUUUUUUGUAUUUUAAUAAAAUAUUAUUUUGUAAUAAAUAGUUCUGUUGAGAUUAUAAAUAUGCAGUGUGUGGCAAUAUAAAUGUGAUCCCAAAGGAAGAAACAUAUGUUAGAAAUUAUUUUCUUAAAGCAACAUACAAAAAAACCGGACUAGUAUUUUUCAUCAGAUUCAGAAUUUAUUUUAAAACUUGACUUUGAAUGAGAAGUUGACCCAGAAUGUAAUAAAGUCAUUUGUACUUGCAGGCUAUGCUUAACGCCACUGAAAUGUCUCUAAAUAAACAUUUUGGUGCAGUCUAAUGGAUCUUUAAUGGGGUUGGGUCCUGAAACAAAAGUCUUCUUGAUCAAACUUAUGGAGAUCUGUGUUCUCUGAUAAUGGUUGUUUUGAUCAUGCCCAUAAAAUGUCAUGUAUGAUAAAAACUGUACAGGAAAAAUCUAAAAACACAAAAUUAAAUGUUUUUGUUUUUUUUGUGUGGAAAUGGAUUAUAUGAACCCUUUAUAUAUAAAAAGGUUAGUAAAUACUGUCAAGUAAGUAGCAUAUAAGGAAUAAAAAUGUAUUUGUA